AUGGACAACCCUUCUGAUUUACCUUUAAGGGACGUUUAAAACGAAAGUGGGUGCAUUAGCUACAGCUAUAAUCGUCAUAUCCUUGAUAAGUUAUCUUGGAUAUAAACUUAACAUUCUAUUUAGUAAGAUUGUUAGCCUCCUUUUAAGCAUUAUUUAGACAAAAAUGAUAAUAAGACAGCAAGAUAUGUAAUGAAUGAGGCAUAGAAAGAUAAUCCAGAUAUGAUUGACAUUUAGUAAAAAUAUUUCAGUUAACAUUAGCAGCAUCUCAUUUCACAAAAACAAGAAAAUGGAAUGAUAUAACUGGGAAAUCUGGUAUAAAUAUUUAGCUUUAUUGAUUUAGAUGAAUUGAUGGUAACAGAACAGCUUGACUUAGUUAGAUGCAAAAAUCAAUACUUUAACUAUCCUGGAAAGAAUGAAUCUGCAUAUGCUGAUGUCUACAAUUUACUAUGUAUUAAGGACAAGUCUAAGAUGACCCUUGGAGGAGCUUGGACAACUAAUAGACUUGAGGAGUUGGAUAUUUGCUUGGCACCUUGCCAAAACUAAACAGGUAGCAACGUCACAUGCGCACCUUAAAAAGAUAUCGAAUCAUAUUUUAGUACUGUUGAUUUCUAAGUCAGAUAUGUAAAUCAAUAUUUUGACUUUUAAGAUAUCAAUGAUCCAGUUAAGAGCUACAUUGAGGAUAGAUAUUUCGUUCCUGUUUAAACUACUUAAUAGAAGGGAAUGGAAAUGUUUGUCAAAAAGGGAUUUUCGUAGCUUAGUGACAAUUAUUUCCCAUUCUAAUUAACAGAAAAUGUGCCAUUUGUUUCAGUAGAUAACUUUAUUCAUUAUACAUCUAGAGUAGACUAUUACGGCGCUUGUUAUGUAAAGUUAGUUUUAAGAAUAGAUCUUGAGUAUGAAUUAUACACUAGAAAAGUUUAUACUUUCGCAGAUCUUUUAACUGAACUAGGAGGAAUUUAUAGUUCUCUCUUUGCAUUAGGAAGUAUAUUUGUUGGAGUUCUGAGUGAGAAUAUAUUCUAUACCUAAAUUAUCAAGGAUGUUUAUCAAACUAAAGUUCCCAGUGAGAAAAAAACAAAAGAAGGUGAGGGAGGGCAAUAGACAUAAGCAAAUAAAAACAAUACAGCCAAAAUCCAGGUUGAAGAGCAAACUAAUAUUUUACAAAAUGAUUUUGAAGCUGGUCAUAAACCAUUUUCAAAGUCAAGUUCUUAGAUUAAAAUCGAUCGGCAAAAAUCUUUCUUGGAUAGGAUAUUAUUUGAGAUAUAGAACAGAGUUAACUUUAAAUUUACUUUUAAAGAUGUAUUGAGGGCAACUUUCGGCUUCAUUCGAUCAAAAGAUCUUAGCAGCAAAAAGCAUGAAGAACUGUAUAGGAAAUAGUACUUGUUUAGAAAAGGAGUAAAAAAGAUAAAUCAUGAAUUUGAUGCCAUAUCUUUGCUUAAACUCAUGAAGCAAGUCAAAUUAUUGACCUAAGUAAUUCUAGGUCCCACUUAGAAGUUGCUACUUGGGUUCGCCAAAAAGAACGUAUUAGACUCCGAGAGCAGUGGCCAGGAAACAGAAGAUGAUGACGUUAGAAUAAUUAAAAGGAUGAGAAGUAAGAAUCCCUUUGUUAAACUGCUAACCCUUGGAAAAAUUAAAGGAAAAAUUACUGAGUACUUAAAAGAUGUUGAAUUAGGAGGAUUCCAAGAUUUAGAUGAUAGAAUUAUAGAGGGGAUUAUGAAUAAAAGACAUCUUGAGAAGAAAAAAGUUGAUCAUACCAAAAAUAACAGCGAUAUGAUUAACAAUGCUCCAAUUAUUAUGAAAAAGAUGAAAGGAACUAAUGAUCCGUCUCCCAACUAGAGUGUUCAUCAUAGUGUUAACUUAAAAAAGCCUUAGAGUUAAAAGUUCUUAAAAAAAGAUAGCAAAUCAGGAUUUGUAAGUUUCGCAUAAGAUGAUACCAAAAUGCAUAUAAAUGACUAUGAAAAUUAUAUGUAAGAUGAUGAUGGAGAAAGAUUCAAUGAUUAAUCUUCAUCACUCUAUUAGCCAGGAUAAAUUUAUGCGCUUUAAUCCUCCUUGAAUUCCAAGUUACAAAGCUAUCGAUCAAUUGAACAAAUAAAUUCAUAAAGAAUAGCUGCUGCUAAAAGGAGCAUAUAUCUAGGGGAUGAAACAUAUAAUGUAUCUAAUUUUGUUCCUGAUCAUAAUAGCAGUGUCUCAAAACACUAAAAUACACCAGCACUUGAAUAUGCAAAUGAUGAGGAAGAAGAAUGA